AUGGCUACCAAGAAGAGAAAUCAAGUCAAGAAGAAGGUCACUUUUUCUGAUGACAACACAAUGGUGCGCCAAACUCAUAGAAAGAAAAAUGUUGGUCACGAACAUCCACCAGUAUACGUAAGGAAGAAUAUCAUGAUUAUUCCAUGGCAUUUAUUGGUUUUAUUAUACUGGUAUCUUUAUGUUGCACUCGAUUAUCCCACAGAUAAGUUGCUAUAUGCUUUAAUCCCAACCCAAUUAUUAUAUUUAAUUUUCCAAUUCAAUCAGUACACUGUUUACGGGAACAAGAUCAUCAAACUGAAUGUUCCUCUUGUCUUCAUCUCAAUGGGGUGUACGAUACUGUUAAGUAUUCCUGCGUUGGUAUUGAUUAUUCUUUUUGGUGCACCAUUUCUGGAAAAACUAAAGGAAUCAUUGCUUCUUGCUCUUCAUUGUUGUUUCCUAGCCUAUCCAGCCAUGUAUUCAGUUUUCAACUGUGAUUUUAAAGUAGGACUAUGGAAAAAGUAUUUUAUCACUAUCGUUGUUGGCGCUUGGUUGAGUUGUGUUGUGAUCCCAUUAGAUUGGGAUAGACCUUGGCAAGCAUGGCCUGUUCCUGCUAUUGUAGGUUCAUAUUUAGGUGCAUUUGUUGGAUAUACGAUUGGUUCUUAUAUAUAG